AUGAAUCAAAUCCUUGAAGCGGUGCGCUAUUGGCUCGGCAGUGCAAAGCAGACUUCGCGCCGAAAUGAUCUCGACCCGUAUGAAGCUUUUCCGGUCCACUUUAUAGAUCAAGCUGGAAUCAUUCGAGAUUCUAUCAUCACCUACACUUUUCGAUACAAUUAUAUCCUGGAACCAACCAAGCUUCAAGAUGCUUUGGUCCGGUUGCUGCAGUCUGGGGAUUGGCGAAAAAUGAGCGGCCGCUUACGCCGCCAGAUUGACGGACAGCUCGUCAUUCACGUCUAUGCCAAUGUCAAGGAUCACCCUCCGAUCCGUUUCUCGCACGUCUCCUAUGACGUCCCCGUCCAUGAACACCCGUUAGGAUGCCGCCUGCCUCAGCCCACCGGCUCGACCCCGUCGAUUCAGGAAGGCUGGCAUCAGUUUCGGGCCUUCAGCGUGCCGCCGGAUCUCCCCAAUCAUAUCAGCCACUACUUGCGGAGCGACGAGCCGCUUUUGUCGCUGCGCAUCGUCUCCUUUGCGGAUACCACCCUGGUUUCCAUCACGUUUCCCCACGCCGUCACCGACGCGAUGGGCACGGCGGGCUUCCUGCGAGCCUGGUCGGCGAUGCUCCGGGAACGUCCCGAUGAGGUCCCGCCGCUGCUCGGGGCCAAGGCGGAUAUCCUGGCAUCGGUGGGCUCCGGCGACGACGAGCAGGCUCAGUGCCCCUACGUCCUGGAGCACUGGCGGCUCCGGGGCCUGGCCCUGGUCCGACUGAUCUUGCGGGUCGGGUGGGAUCGUCUCACAGAACGGAACAUCCAGGUCCGCACCAUCUACCUGCCGGUCGCGUUCGUCGCGGAGCUGCGGCAGAUCGCCCAGUCGGAAUGCAGCCACCAGCCUGGGAAGGAGGAGAAGAGUGCUCCCACGUUCCUCAGCGACGGCGAUCUGAUCGCCGCCUGGGGCGCCCAGAUGAUUCUCUGCGCCCGGGCCCAGCGGCAACGGCCGGCGAUCAUCUGCAACGUGUUCGACCUGCGCCGUCGCGUCGCGGGGCUCUCCCCGCGGUCCGGGGGCGUCUUUCUGCAGAACCUAAUUCUUCCCGUCACCACGGUGAUCGGGCCCGCUCCCCACGGAGAAGACUCGUCCAUCGUCUCCGUGGGCCACCUCGCCUGUCGCAUCCGGCAGACCAUCUGGGAGCAGGCCACGGAUGGGCAGGCGCGCCGGCUCCUGCGGGUCGUGCGCGCGACCAUCGCGAAGACCGGGCUGAUGCCCUUGUUCGGGAGGGCCGAUGCCACCAUCAUUGCCUGCACGAAUUGGUCCAAGGCCAACUUUCGAGAUGCCGCACACUUCGGCCCAUCAGCGGCUCGGCACAGCAGCGGUCCGGAGGACGAGUCCGGGGCCUGUGUCGCGUAUGCAGGGACCACCAUGGGCACCACCGAUCACCCGCGCGAUACAUUAGUGAUUUAUGGACAGGACAACGCCGGGAACUAUUGGAUUCAUGGAUACCUGCGGGACGAAACAUGGACCCUGAUUCAGAGAGUUUUUGGUUCACGUCAGCCGGGAGCAAGCACCUAG